UCAUAAAAAAUAAGGAUCCUCGUUCUGCAUUAAACCUCUGUAAAUUAUCAUUCAGAAUGGAAUUUCUUUACUUAGCUAUUGUUUGAAACUUGAAAAGACCCAUUUUAAAUUAAGAUAACUUUUUAAAAAGUUUUGUUAUACUUAAAGCUCUUUAUGCUUUGGUAGACAGUUGUUUUAGAUGUUUUUAUUGUUCUUCUUCAUUUUUUAUUUCCAACGUGGGAGGGCACUUAUUUUGCCUUUCACCCUUCUUCUUCAUUAGUAUUCUGUUCUCACUCUUUGAAGAUUUUUGCGCUCUAUGCACUAUAAAUUUCUUUCGUCCUCCAAGUGAAAGUCUGUUUUGCUGCAGUGGCCAGUAUCUUGUGGAUCAACAACCUUUCGCUCACAUUUAAUCUGAGCACUUUUUAACGGUGAACUGGGUGUCUAAUUUUUCCUUAUUAUUAAUGUGCUGUGUUCCCGGGGAGAUGGAUGAAAGUUGGAGAGGAUUCUGGACUUUCUUUCUCAUAACAACACUUGUUUUUGAAGAAAGUACAGGAUUUCAGAUCAAGAAUGAAGAGCUGAGAAAGUGUAUAGAAGUAACCGAAGAACAGGUUGGUGGUAGGCUAACCCUGCAGGAGUGCAGAGGAGAUUUUGCUCGACAGGAAUGGCACUGGAACCCUGUGACCCGCACCCUCAGCAAUCCACAGACGGGAGAUUGUGUAACUGCACCCCAAAUCCAGGAUCACGAGGUUGUUUGGUUGCAAGCUUGCAGGUCCGAGGAGGAGGAUGGUGAGGGCCAGACCUGGAGUUGUUCUAAAAAGGGUCUCUUGACAUUACAUGGCAAGGGUCUGCACCUGAGUGCACGGCAUGAUUCCUCCAAGCUCUUCCUUUCCAAAGACCGCAAAAAAGGCAGCAGGUGGAAGACACUGGCUAAUCAAACGGUAUGCGAGGAGGGAAACAGUACACAUCAUGGCCAGAAUGUGUUGCAGGAAUCUCAACAGACACUUUGGACCGGACCUAGAAUCCUCACUAAUAUUCACUAUUGGCAUUCUGGGAGUAAAGACGUGACUGCUCCUAAAACUACUAAAGUAACACAGACCACUGAUGCAUUGCAUGAACCUCAAAGUAGCACGGGACCUGAGGGACCUUAUGUAAAUGUAUUCCCAGCAGAAUAUGGAGCAGGCUGGAAAAUGACAAUGUUGCUUCUGAGCUCAUUGGCCCUGUUACUCGGACUUGUUAUUCUCAUUCUAAACAUCUAUCAGAACAGGAAGAAGACCGUCGUGGUGCUGAAAUCUUACACUCCAACAGGAGAGGUCAGUCAACCAGGUUCUCCGGUGCCUAGUGAAAGAGCUCCUCUAACCCAGCACCCCAUGAAUCCUGCCCGGUCACCUGUUAUUCAGCGAGGCGAAAUCCUUGUUGAAUGGAAAGAUGGAACAGUCACCCCGCUGUUUGAAACAUACCAAGCUGACUAGAGGCUGUACUUAUAGUUAAUUUUCUUGUUUUGCACCUGUCGUGUCAGUUGAGCUUUUUUGUGGUAAGAUCUUUAUUCACAUGUCCAACAUCUUACGAAAAUCACCGACAUCUGUUGGGAUUACUGUGCUCUUGGAAACAGAAUACCAUCCCUCUGCAGAAAAACUGAUGUUGGGUUGUGAUCAAGGAAAAUAUUCUGUACCUAGCCAAAAAGUUAAGGCAACUUCAGGUCGUAUUCGGUUUAAAACAUUGGGUUUUCAAACUUGGGUCCAGGGACCCCCGGUGGGCCUCCAGGAGGUCCUAGGGGGAUAAAAAAGAUAUAAUGUAUAAUUAAUAUAGAAAGCUUAGUUUAUGUUACAGUGAAAUAUAUAUUAAUAUAUAAAACACAGCAUUUCUUAGAAUAAAAUGUUAUACCAGAAGCUCUCUUAGUAUUAGUAUUAAUAUUUUAUUUAAUAGAUGUAUUCAGUUCAAUGCCAGAAAGCCGGAAUAUGUUCAUUUAUAAAACGGUUAGUUCCAAUCCUUGAUUCUGAUUGGUCAAUAGGUGUGCUUUAUUCACGAUAAAACACUGCUAUGACCGCUUCACCCAACGGUUCUAUUUAAUAUCACUGCGCCCUUAGCAACACCCUUAGCAACACAUAAACAUAUAAUGAGACAAAAGCCGUUUCUCAAUAUGCGUUCUUGUCUGUACUUGCGUUCUUGUGGACUUGUGAAACGUCAUCAGUCGCGGCCCAAGUACUGUUCCAAUUCAAAGUUCGCAUCAAGCCCAAGUUCACAUAAAAUCCCCGGAUGUGUUCUUGAUCCGCCUAUUUUAUCGAGGAUGCAUCAGAGGAGACUUGUGUGGACUUAUGAGAGCGAAGUUUCCCAGAAUGCAUUUCGCGUCAGGAGUUCGUUCUUCCGAGUCUGAACUUGCAAGUUCGAACUACGAAGGACACAAGUCCGAGUUUGGCGUACUUGGUAUUGAGAAACGGCUAAAGUCUGAGAACAGUUUGUUGUUUUUAUUUGAGCUUUCAUGUUGUUGUUCGCAGUCAGGGACUAUUUUUUCUUUGGAAGGAAUCCUUUUAUUGAUUUAACUUCAUGAAAGUUGCACUAAUAUUUUUUUUACUUUAAUAUUGUGUGGUAACCGUUUUAUAAAGGUACGAGAGGCAACUAAUAUAAUUUUUGGUUAUGCAAUCUCAUAUGCAUAACCAAAAAUUAUAUUAGUUAAGCUAAAUAAUGUUUAGUUUAGAAUUAGUGAUAGUGAAAAUGAAUACCUUUGAGUUCACAUGUAAUCACAUUUUACAUUUCUAAAUAAACUGUUGACUUACUUA